UCGUAUUCCAUUCUAGCGGGUGCAACAUCGAGCGGCCGACAGAUGGAAGAGCCUCAUCUGACUUCUCGAAUACGAGUUGCGCUUCGCAGAUCUCUGCGAUGAUCAGACGCAAUGUGGUAAGGUUGCGAGGGAUGCUGUGGUUUUCGUUUAUCCGUACGAGCAAGAACAUUGAGGUGACGAUGAUCGCAAAACAUAUAUGAACACAGAGGACUUCCUCUUAUUCAAGAGGACAUAAGCAACAAGCUUUGAGGGUUUAAACAAGCAUUCUCAACUUCUCUACAUCUUCAAAUUAGCGUUCAAGAUGGUCUUCAUCCGCAACAUCGCCCUCGCGGCAACAACUCUCCUGGGCCUCACCUCCGCCGCUCCCGCUCUCUCCGCCCGCCAAGCAUCAGUCAACAACACGCAAGAAUUCUACAUCAAACUCGUCGUCACCGACGGCCCAACAACCUACCAAGAAUGGGCUCUCGAGGCCUACCACACCGGCGCUGGUCUCGCCGACCCCGUCUUCACCAACACAACGGGCUCCAAAGCCUUCCUGAACGGCACGAACCUCCAGUUCGACCUGAACGGGUAUACAUUGGGAGCCAGCGCCAAUGCGGGUGAUACCAACUAUGCGAGAUGGGAGCCGGUGACGAUCGGGUCCGGGUAUGGGACUGGAGGAUGGCUGAAUAAUGGUAGUGCGGGCAUUGUGCAGGAUAAUGAGGAGUUUGAUGGGUGGUUGGUUUGUGAGUGGUAUCAUGGGUUGAAUGCGCCGCAGCUGUUUCAGUGGAUCAAGGGGUUUGAUGCUCCUACGGAUGUUUUCCCUUCGAGUUGUUCGAGGGUUAUUUUGUUGCCGGAGUAUAUUUGAGUGUAGAAUGGAGAUGGUUCGGGAAAGAGGAGUGUGAAGGGCACGAUAUAUAAUAGUAAUGUUUGAAAAUUAUAGUCACAUAUCGAGAACAAUUGAUUCCUGG